CCAGUGUACCCAAUAUUGCUGCGGUUUAUUGACAUUUUGGUUCAAUAAAUUACUGUUGUUUACAACUCGGUUCGGUUAUAUAGUCGAAUAGUGGCUAACUUUAAACUCCAUGUUAAAUGUGAACACCUCCAUGUGAAACCGAAAUAUGAGAAUCGCUCAUGCUGUUAGAAUAAAGCAGCGCAUUUUUCGAUUUCAAUCCUCGUAAAUGAUUUGUUGAUAAACAAAUGACGCCAUAUUGAUUUUGAUUUUGGGUAGCCUAUAUUCAAUUGAUGUCUAACCCCUGCCUAAAAAUUGCAAAACUCAAACGUAAACAUUGCUUUGGUUUUAUGUUUAAUUGAAUAAUUCUUUUGCACGCAGGAACUAGUGCAUAAUAAUCAACAAAAUAUUACAAAUGCAUUUGCACUUUGUUGUAGGAGUAACAUACUGAACAUAAGGUGAAGCUUUGUCAAAAGAUUACGAUGCAAAAACAAGAUCUCGAGGCAGUGGUCAAUUCUCAAAAAGAGCAACUUUUACGGUAUGAGAAACGAUUGAAAGAUGUCGUAACCGCAUACAAGGGUUUGCUGAAGGAGAAAACCGCGCUCGAGACGAGCCUUGCCGCUUUCACGAGUAAUGGGAGCAGUACAGAUUCCGGCAAUGUGGAGCAAACAAAUGCUUCCGCUGGUACGAAAGAAAGUAAUGGCGAAAAUCUUAGAGAACAAGUAGCUACGCUGAUGAACUCGUUAGCCACUCUUACGGCGGAAAAAGGCCGCAUAGAGGUUUCGUUUAAAAACGAUCGGAAACAACUUCGAGAGGUUAUCGCUGAGAAAGAGGCAACCAUUCGGGAUUUGGAAGAACAGAUAAAGGCCCUCAACUACACGAUAAAAACAGAUUUAGAGAAUUGCAAAACCAAAAUGAAGCAUGACCGUGAGGAAGAAUGUAAUGGACAGCUGGUGAUGAUCUGCGAGCUACAGAAACAAUUGCUUGACGAACGGCAUCUCAAUGAAACUUUGGAAAUGCAGCUUAGGGAUUUGAAAAUUCAAUUCAAUCAACGACAUUCCGAGAAACGGGUCAACGAAAUGCCUCAGGCGUCGGAAUUGACAAAACAGAGCUCUGAGCAGUUGGAAAGCUCGAAGAAGGAAAAUGCAGCACUUUCAUCGCUCCUUCAUCAGUUUCAGGGGGAGAUAGACAACUUGAAGCGCCAGCAUGCCUCAGCUAUCAAAAAUGAACAAAGACGGGUUUUUGUGGCUGAAGAGAGAAGUAAAAAGUUAGAGGAAGUACACGAGGAACGCGUUGCCAAUCUGGAGGCACGUCUUGCCGAGUUGAGUGAUGUGGUUGGCACUUACGAUCGAUUGAGACAACUAGACCAAGAUAACAUUUCAAAGCUGAAGGAAAAAUUAUCGAAAUUAAAUUUGGACAACAAUACGGCCAGACGUGUGAGCCAAGAAAGCAACGUCGAAAGGAUAGUUGAGGAAAUUAGUUAUUUGAAAAAUUUGUUACUGGCUGAAAAUAGCAAACUAGAAAAUCCAUUUGAUUUAUCGUGCCUAUUUUCGAUCAGUGCUACAGUAGAGGAUGCUGGUCAUCAGCUAACUGAUUUGGAAGAUUACCGUAGUUUACAACAUAGCCAUGCACAGGUUUUAAGUGAAAACGAAACUUUGAAGGCGAGCAUUGAAGUGCACAGCACUAAUACUAAAACUCUCCAGGAGAAAAUUAAGGUUCUAAACAAGAAUAUUGACGACCUUGAAGUGGAGUAUAAGAAUAAACAAAUCGAAUACAAUAAUGUGAUCAAAACAGAGAAAGCACGAACCCAAGAAUUAAUUUGCGUUCUGGAGUCAGAUUUUAAAUCCAAACUUUCCCAACUAGAAAUGCAACUUAAAAAACAACGCGAACGAUCGUUACAACUGUUAGAAGAGAAGGAAGAGGAAAUUAAAUCACUUCGAACAUCAUUCGACAUUCUGAUGCAUGAUGGUAACGGACAGAAGCAACCAGUCAGUUCCGAAAACAACAAUUCAGACUAUGCUGACAAUUUUCCAGCAGCAUUGUCCAAAAAGAUGAACGCCCUGAACUCGGUUUUCAAAACGGAACCUAACGGUAACUCUGAGACGCACCACAUACUGCAUUACGCUCAUGAGUUGGCUCGCAGAGAAAUCGAAAUAACUUCGUUGAGAACGGCGAAAAACAACACCGAAGCGGCUCUCCGACAGGCCUUACACGAUAAGAUUGCCUCGCAGGAGGAGUUGCAUGAACACAUUGCUAACCUGGAAGAACAAAUUGAUAGAUUGGAACGGUGCAAAUCACGAGAAGGGGCCAACCUGGAAUACCUGAAGAAUGUUGUGCUUAGUUUCCUCACUUCGCAAAAUACCGAGGGCAAGAAGCAUAUGAUUAAUGCAAUCGCAGCUGUACUAAAAUUCAGCAGUGCCGAAAUGGCAUCUAUUCAGGGUCUUGAUGGAGGCAAAAGGUGAGCUAAGAUAAACAAGACCUAUAGCGAUAACAUAUCUUGAACGGUGGGAUUCCAAUAAAAAUGUAUUACACAAGUUGUUGAUGUUUGAAUAAAUGAAUGAAAUGUAGAUGAAAAUUCAAUCAAACCUUCUGUCGCGUAGAAAAUAGUGUCGGGUAAUUAGGAUUUCUUAGGGUACUAUUAUAUAAAUCGAGUCGAUAAGAAUCGACCAUCACUUUAUUUUGUAUUUUGUAAAUCGAGGCAAGCGUAUCGAUUCUAGUUCUAGCCCGAACUUCUUGUGUUGUUGUUAGCAUAUAUGAGAGCGUUUUGAAAUGUUUCCCAAAGAAAACAUCAGAGACGCAAACCAAAAAAAAACUAAUUCUCUGAAGCUAUACAACAAGCUCGAACGAUAAUGACAGUUUAUAGAUACCGGGCAAAGUCGAUAGCAUCGACCGAGUGAAAGCUAUCGGCAACGUAAAUAGAAAACUAGGUACACUGGGCCCUAUUAUAUAAAUCGAAUCAUGAAGUCGAUACAAUCAUUACCACUAUCAUAUCUAUUCAUCUAGAAAUGCAACUUAAAAAACAACGCGAACGAUCGUUACAA